AUGCUGAACCCUCGCCGGGCAGCAGGGCCCGAUGGAGAACCUGGUCAGGCUCUGAAAACCUGUGCCUACCAACUGCUGGAAGUGGUUAAAGACAUUUUCAAUCCCUCACUGCUACAGUCAAAAGCUCUGACCUGCUUCAAAAGGGCAACAACUGCUCCGGAACCCAAGAAGCACCUGGUGUGGGAGAUCGCUCAGGACUUCGAAACCGAUCUGUGUUUCCAGAGCUCGGCCGUCAUGGCCCUGCAGGAGGCGAGCGAGGCUUACCUGGUGGGGCUCUUCGAGGACACUAACCUGUGCGCCAUCCACGCCAAGUAA